CUGCUGUUGAAUUGUAGUUGUUUCCUAAUAUGUUGUCCUCCCCCAGUUGUAUGCUUCUUUUAAAAUUCCUUUGUGCUUCUUCAGAGGUUUCCAUAUAUGAUGCAAAUCCUGUUUUUGAACUAUCAUCUGCAACCAUCCACAGUUGAUUACUACACACAGUAAUUAUCUUUGGUCAGCAUCAAUAAGAGAUGAAAUUCCCGGAAAAAUCCCCGAAAGUUGCAUCACAAUGGUGCACCUUGGAUGUACGAGGAGGAAAACGAAAGCAUGAUGUUAGGUUUCGUUUUCCAGACCAGCGGCUGUUGACAGACAAUAAAAGGAGGCUUGGGGCUGAGCGACAGUCAGAGCAACAACGACGUUUCACCAGAAAACUGCUGUUUUUUCUUUUUUUAAAGCAGAAAAUAUCCGAUCAUCAAGCAAAAUGAGCAGAGCUACAGACUGGAUUCCUUCCAUGUGGAUGGACACCUUUGAGGAGCUGCUGGAUGAUGACAAUGAGCUGGACUAUGGAGACCAGUGGUCUCUCAACUUCAGCUACAGCCAGACAGCCUCAGUCACCAAGGAAGAGAGGAAAAGAGGCUGGAAAGUCUACAGCCACUGUGCCUAUGGAAAUUUCCAGUGUGCAACCUGCCGCAAGACCUGGCCCUCAGCACGGGUGGUGGUGUUGUUCCGGUACCGGCUGAGGAGUGAGGCAGGCCGAGGGACCGUGAUCAUGCGGCCCUUCGGACAGGCCUGUCGCCGUUGCAAAGAGGAUGUGUUUGAACUCCCAGGUUUUUCCCAGGAAGUGGUGGAAAACACCUUGCUCAGGCUGUUUGGCAAAAUCCGUAAGAAUUGCUAUGGAGAGGAUGACGACGAUGACGAUGGCUCCUCAACAUCCUCUACUAAAGUGUGGACCAAACCCCACGAGAAGACCCUGUGUGAGGCCUGCAGAAUGGGCAUUUGUUGUCAGGAUGACUAGAAGUGUGUGUGUGUGUGUGUGUGUGUGUGUGUGUGUGUGUGUGUGUGUGAGAGAGAGAGAGAGAGAGAGAGAGAGAGAGAGCGAAACUGACAGUCUGAUAGGUUGUGUGUGCGUGUGUGUGAGAUGCUCCUUUGCACAUGCCCUUCUCUCUAUUUUGUAGUUGGCUAAAUAUGGUUAAUUUUGUUAAUAAUAUGUAUGAAAAUGAUUCAUGAUCAUGACCAAAGUAAAUGUAUAAUUUUAUAU